UAUGAAAAAAAAAAAAUAUAUAUUUUCUCGGUCUGAGCUCACGGUCAACCAUCUUGGCUUGUGCCACGCCAAUCAAGUUACCAAAUAAUACAUGAUGUUUUAUAUAUUUCGAUGAUUUCAAUUGUUUACUUUAUAAAAAUUAUCAACAAUUAAUAACAAUGAUGAUUUAUAAAUUAUUUAUAAUUUUACAAUGGUAGCCUUGAAUAACUCUAAAUAGAAAUGAUAACUAGAUAAGUAGAAAAAAAACGAUCAUGACAACUCUAGUAGAGGGUGAUGAUGACAUCUCAUUUCAUAUGGGAGAACUAUUUGAUAGCUAUGAAGACUUGGAAUAUAAAUUGGAUACGUAUUCACAACGUAAUUUUGUUCAUUUUUGGCGACGAGAUAGUAGAACAGUUAAUGGUGCACAUAUGAAAACAGCAAGACCAAUAUGUGAAAAAUUAAAAUAUUAUUCAGUCAAAUAUGCAUGUAUUUAUGGUGGACAAAAAUUUCUUCCAAGAGGUGCUGGACGACGUCAAUCACAAUCAAUAAGAACCAAUUGUCCAGCUCAUAUAAUGCUACGUGCUUCAAAAGAUGGAACAAAAUUAGAAGUAACAGGUGUUAAUAAUGAACAUAAUCAUGAAAUAUCAGAAGAAUUAUUUAAAAAAUUACCACAAGAAAGAAAAUUAUGUGGUGCAUUAAAAGAAGAAGUACAAGAUUUAAUGCAAUUGCAUAUUGAUAGAAAAAGACUUAAAGAAUAUGUACGUUUAAGAGCAAAUAAAAUAUUACGAUCAAAAGAUUUGUUUAAUAUUGCAGCAGCAAAUAAACAAAAACGUAAAAUUCCAGAAGCUCGUGCAUAUGAAUUAUAUAGAAGAAUGGAUGAAGUUGAACAACGUGAAGAAGAUAGAUUAAAAAAAAGAAAAUGCUCAGAAUCAGAAGAUGAUGUUGCUGAAAAAAUUAAAAAAAUGAAAAAAGAUCAUGAUGUAUCAUCACCAUGGGGUCAAGAUGGAUUUGAAGGUGAAAUGGAAGUUGGUGAUAGUAAUAAUGAUGAAGAAUGUUAUAUUGAUUUACAAGAAGUAGAAGAAGAAGGAGAAGAAACAAUUGAUGAAAGUACAACUGAAGAACAAUUACUUGGAAGCAAUGAAAUAACUGAUACUGAUAGUGAAAUUGUUGGUGAAAUGGUUAUGGAUCCAUCCAGUGAUCCAUCUGUUGUUAUUGAUUCAGUUGUUCAAGUUGAUGCUUCAUCACUUUAUGUUGAUGAACCAGAUUUUAAUAGCUUCAAUCAUCUUGGUCAUUCUGUUGAUGACAGUGAUUCACCACAAGCAUUGGAUAUUGGAAUGAUGAACCCAGUUGACAUCGAUGAAAUAUCAAAAACAUCAGUAACAUCACCAUCACCAUCACCCCAAAUAUGUGAUCCACUUGAGAAUGAUAAAUCAGUAUCUAAAAUUUGGGUUAUUCCAAAUCCAUCAAAUAAUGAUAAUGAGACUGAUAAUAAUAAUACUGAUGUUGAUAAUAUCAAACAACAAGAUGAUAAUAAUAUCAAUAAUGCUAAUGGUGAAAUUGGUGAUGUUGUUUUUUCUGAUGAAGCAAGUCAUCAAUUAUUCGCUGAACAAUUAUCUGUAUUACGUGCUGAAAAAGUAAAAUUACAUCAUGAAACUGAUAUGCUUAAAUUAAAAAAAGAUAAACUUAAAUUACAAAUGGAUUGUUAUACAGGCGAAAUUGAAAAACAAAAAAUGGAAAAAGAAAAAUUAAGAUUACAAAUUGAAUUAUUACGAUCAAAAUUUAUUGUUAAUAAUACGGAUAAUACACCACAUUAUCAUAAUGUGCCUUAAUUUUAUUAUUAUAUAAUCAUUUUUAUAUAAACUCUAUACGUAUACUUAUAAAAAAAUAAGAACAACAAACCCAUGUAAAUAAUUCUUUUUUUUUUUUCUUUAUUUUAUUAUUAUUAUUCAUGUUCAUUAUUAUUAUUAUUAUUACUAUUAUAAAAUAUGGAAGAGUUUUGUAAUUUAAUUUAAGUGUGUGUUCAUUGUUGGUCUGAGAGAUCCUUUUUUUCAGGUCAAUUACAAUAUUAUCAUACUUGCUUAUACCAUUUGUAUUUGUAGAAAAAAAUCGGUGAGAUUAUAUGUAAUAAUGACAUAAAAUUUUCA